CAAUCGAAAUGAAUGCUCCCCUUGCAUGAAUUAAACGGUUUCUAAAGCGUCGGUCCUAACAAGUUAGUGGUCCAAAGUACCUUUCACUUGUAUCCCUUGAAUGAAACAGAACGCCUCCUGGGCAGUUACUAUAGCAACCAAGAAACGAUCCCCUCGCAUUCCCUUCCCUUACCCCUCUGGUUCCCCGGCAACAUGUAACACAAGUUCAAGAAAAACACCCCUAUCCGGAAAUACCCUUGUAGCUCUCUUGUUGAUGUGCACGAAACAAUUCUUACAAAGAUACACCAGCUGCUUAUAUUUUUUUUGGAGAGGAACUUUUGUAGAACUGUUUACCCUCAAGGCCAGUUGAAAAGGCGACUAAAGGCUAUUAGAAACAUUAAAGUUGCAACGCCAAUUAACGAACAUGGACAUCGGAUCCUCUCUUCCUUUUUUAGAUAAAGACGAUUCUCGUCUAAGGCUAAAAGUGGAAAAUAAAAUGAGGAAUAUUUUUGUAACGCAAGUAGAUGAUGCCAGAGAAGAAGUCGACAAUGUCAAUCACAUACCUGUUAUAACAGAGACAAGCAGAAUCCUGGACACUGGAGUCAACACUCUGCAGAGAACACGGCUUCUAAAGAAACAGGUGGAGAUGGAUGAGAUGGACAGACUGCUGGCUCUCAAACGUCAUGAUUUCAAAUGCCAUAUGCAGGCCCUGGCUCAGAGGAGGGCCAAACUGGAGCAGAAACAACAGGAAACUCGAGAAAGAGCGAAUAAAUUUGAGAAGUUUGUGGAGGACAAUGAAGGGAAAAGGCGCAGAGCCCUGAAGAAAUACCAGCUUGCAAAACAACAGAACCAUCUAAAGGAAAUAGAGAAAGAGGAACUCGCAGAGCUGCUGGAUAGGCUGCAGGCCAGACAGCAAUAUUUAAAGGACAGAGUGACCAAGUACAAAAUGUAUGAAGACUACCUAAUGAAAAUCUUAGACUUUCUGCCGGAAAAUUACCUGGACUCUGGCUCAGACUCUCAGGUCACGCCCAUCAUCCGUCGCCAUGAGACCCUGUCCCUCACCCACCAGGACCUGGAGGAGCGCGUGGGCCAGCUGGUGGAGGAACUGGAGGAGGGCCACCGCCAUCUGGAGGCCCUGAAGCAGGAGCACAACUCCAACAAACUGAUGGCGAACAGGACGCUGUCUGAGCUGCAGAGCCAGUGGGAUAGCAUAAAGGAACAGAACAAACAGAAGGAGAUUAACUUACUGAUUCACCAUGGGCAGUCAAGAAACAAGCUUGAAGAAGUAGGAUGUCUGGUCAUCGCUGUGAGGAACCUGGGAGAGCAGUGCUACUUACAGAAUUAUGGGCCUUUGGAAGAGAUGAACAUGCUAAGAAUACUGGACAUGGUCAAGGAGUUUAUUCUAGAAAGGGCUGACAUGGAGAAAAGAGUCACACGACUGAUGGAGUCUGGCUCUGCAGUGACAAGCGCCACGGACAGAGGGUCAGGAACUUUGAAAAACAAUAGCAGAACACAACUGAAAACACAACUAAAAAGUGCAAGUAAGAUGAGCGGGAAGAGUGGUAUGUCCAGCUGAUCAACAUUAGGCAGAAUGUUUGAACAAUUCAGCUUGUUUUGUCUGUUUCAAAAUGGUGUAUUGAGGCUACACAUGCUGUGAAUCAACGUUUUGUUUUGUAUUUAAAAUAAACGGAAUUAUGACUGAUGCUUGUGAUUAAACAUAUUCGAAAAUACCUCUGUUGCUUUGUUUAUUUUAGGGAUUGUUAUAUCAAACAAACAGAGAUUAAUAAAUAAAAGGGAAAUACUAUUUUGUUACGUUUUUGCCAUUGAGUGCACUGUCCCUUUAACAGUAAGCACGUGGGGAGCUAAAUAUCCGGUCACUGUUGUUGGCGUUCCAGAAAAACGCAACAGUUCUAGAAUGUGUGCAUUCCCUGCUAUUUACUAAAUACCAUAGUAACGUGUCGAGUUUUGUCAAGCGCACGAAAUUCAUAAACAAGACUAAGCAUGCCAUAACUGCACGCAACGUUUUCGGUCGACAAUGUUUACCACAUUUUCCAUGAUUGUUAGCCAAUGCUAAUGGAUUUCGGAGACCGAAUAAUCCAACUCUGUCAGACUGAGUACUUCGAGGUUGAGACGUUCGGCUAUGGCAGAUACACGACCGUUGGUUAACAAAAAAGAGGUGUUCUCAGGACUGCUUGACCACCCCGGUGAUGCCCGAUAUAAGGAAAUAUGCAGCCAAUUUGCAUUCGUGAGAAAAAUCCAAGGAGAUGGAAAUUGUUUUUACAGAGCUCUGUGUUUCGGACAUCUGGAAUCUGAGUUGGAGAAUGGCAGUGCUUUGCAAAGGUGUUGCAUCACUUUUCAAGA